ACCGUAAUCGUGCCGCGUAUAAAAUAGAUUGAACUAAGUGCUUUCGUUCACAGUUCAUUCUGGGCAGCUCAACCGAGUGCCUGGGUCGAGGAAUUUUCCGAAUUUUCGGUCAAGCUUCCAGUUCGUUUCCUUUCAAGCGGCGUCGUGGUAGUGGCACAGUUUGUGAUCAGUAAGUGACCUAGUGAGUUCGUCCGAUCAGAUUGAAGUGGACGCCUUAAGAACUAUUUUGGAUUAGAAGUGGUUACCAGUGCAACGAAAUUUCGAUCAAGGUACAUAACGACAACGUCUAGAUUCCAUUCAGGCUAGUCAAAUGAUGCUGUUCGUAGCAGUGUCGGCGUUGCUUGCUAUCGUCCGAACCGAUGCCGUCAACGUGGCUACAUCGUACAGCGUGAUCCAUCAUGAGCAACCGCAGGCCCGUGUACUAACCAAAUCGUCCCUGUACGCUCCCUCGGCGCACCUCGUUCACUCCUCACCCCAGUUCGCACCUUUGAUCGGAAAGACUAAGUACACAGUCCCAUUCCUGAGUGCAUACAACCAGGUCACCCAAUGCCCGGCUCCUCCAGCAUGCACCCACUCCCGUUAUCGCACACUGGACGGUAGCUGUAACAAUCUUCAGAACCCGACCUGGGGUACACCAAAUCGUCCGUACGGUCGUCUGCUGACACCGAAGUAUGGCGAUGGCAUCUCAACUCCAACCACCUCGGUCACCGGUCAGGAACUCCCGAACUCUCGUCUCAUUUCGUUGGUCGUAUUUGGCGAAGAAGAUGUUCCCGAUCCACAAUUCACUCUGGCCAACAUGCAGUGGGGACAGAUCAUGACCCACGAUAUGAGCUUGCAGGCUGGUGGAACCCAAUCCAAGAAACACUCCACAAGAUGUUGUACCGAUGACGGCAAAUUGAUUGGAAAGUCCACGGCACCAUCCACAUGCUAUCCAAUCAUCGUUCCCGAACAUGAUCCAGCUCACUCCCAAACCGGAACCGAGUGUAUUAACUUCGUACGUACGCUGUCUACCCGCGAUGAUCCAUGCUCCCCGUCGCAUCCUUCACAGCCGGCUGAACAGCUCACCACAGUUACGUCCUGGCUGGAUCUGUCGCUUGUGUACGGAAACUCCGACCAACAGAACGCUGGUAUCCGCUCAUUCACUGGAGGGCGUAUGGCCACUGUAGUGCGCGAUGGUUAUGAAUGGCCUCCGAACAACCCGAACGCAACAACCGACUGCGACAUGGCUGCUCGCAAUGAAGUAUGCUACCUGGCCGGCGAUUCACGUGUGAACCAGAAUCCUGGUUUGACCAUCCUGCAAAUCAUUCUGUUGCGUGAACAUAAUCGCAUUGCUGACCAACUUCAGAAGUACAAUCCACACUGGGAUGACGAACUGCUGUUCCAGGAAGCCCGCCGAAUCAAUAUUGCCCAAUACCAGCACAUUAACUAUUACGAAUGGCUACCGAUUUUCCUCGGCAAGGAGAACAUGCUGAAGAACCGUCUCAUCUACAACGCUAAGGGAGGAGAUUACAUCAACGAUUACGAUCCAGCUCAAGAUCCUUCCGUUCUGAACUCGCACGCUACUGCUGCCUUCCGUUACUUCCACUCUCAAAUCGAAGGCCGUCUUGAUCUCGUCUCUGAGGUGCGUAAGCCAACCGGAUCCCUCCGUCUAAGUGACUGGUUCAACCGGCCAUCAAUCAUCGAAGCAGGCGAUAACUACGACUUCCUGACCCGUGGUCUCGCUACCCAACCCGAGGAACUGGCCGAUAUCAAUUUCGAUGCCGAAAUUAAACAUUUCUUGUUCCGUCGUGGUCGUCCCUUCGGAUCGGAUCUGCGCGCCUUCGACGUACAGCGUAACCGUGAUCACGGUCUGGCCGGUUAUAACGACUACCGCGAGUUCUGCGGGUUCAAGCGUGCCAACACCUGGGAAGACUUUUUGGAUCUUAUCUCUGCUCAGGACGUUUCCAAACUGCAGUCUCUAUACACCAGUAUUGACGAUGUGGACCUAACCGUGGGAGGCUCCUUGGAAGCUCACGUCAACGGUGCUCUGGCUGGACCAACCUUCCUGUGCAUCUUAACUGAGCAAUUCUACCGUACCCGUGUUGCCGAUCGGUACUUCUUCGAACGCGGAGACAAGGAUGCCGCCUUCACUCGUGAACAGUUGGCCGAAAUUCGUAAGGCCAGCAUCGCACGCUUGUUCUGCGACAACGGUAACCACGUGGCGUCGAUGCAACCCAAAGCCUUCUGGAGACCAUCAUCCCACAAUCAGGUUGUACCGUGCUCACAGAUCCCAGAAGUCGAUCUGAGCAUGUGGAAAGAUCUGUCGUACGAUAACAGCUUGCACUCGUUCCAUCACUACUAUCACGACUUUAAGAAAUAAGCUACGUACUGAAAAUUUGUGUGUGUGUCUCAAAACUACCUUUAUUAAGUUUACUCCUAUAUUUUAUUUUUGAAACGCUUCUUUUGCAUAAAUUUUUUCUACCAUUCUCCAGUUUUCAUAUAACGCUAUUGUAUUGUUUGAGUAACCGUGUGUGAUACUGAACUUAUUAUCUUUGUGUUGUGAACGUAUUUGUGGAGUAGCAAGUUCAAACAUGUAUACUAUUAUUUAAAGAAUUCUAAAAUUUAAACAAAGAAUUACAUCUGAAAAAAACCGAAGGUUACCCGCACGUUAGAUUACUGUUUGCCAUACUGCUGUGAGUGCAAUUGUGAAAAAAGAAAAAGAAAUAUUAAACAAAACACUCUGCUGGAAGCUUAAAGUUACCCAAUAAUGUAUCGAAAGCUACUGCGAAAAACGCAUAAUCGUUACAAAUGAUGUGCCGGAUUUUGCUCGAACAACCGUUAAAGAAAUUAGUAACAUUUAUGUUUACACUAGUUAAUAGUAGUGCUAUGUUUUCUUUAGACUUAUUUUUAUAUAUAUAGUAAAAGUGUACAUGUUGAAAUGUAACGUAUGUUUUGUUGUGAAUAAAUAAUAAUAUAAGAAA